UGUCCACUACAGGGCUCCAUUCACCAUGAACAGCGGCUACUUCAACGCGAGCCUCUACUUCCACGGUGACCCUUCACCUUUCCUUGGUUACGCUGACAACAUUGACUGUGAGAUGAUGAAACAAUAUAAAGCCCCCUGUCCCAUCCAUAAAAGAUUUGCCAUUACGCUGACUCAAACAAUUCCCAACCUGCACAUUCUGACAAGCUAUCCUGGCUACUACGACGCCAUCAUUGAAGUAGUAAACGAACUUGAUCAGCAAAUGUUAUGUGUCAACAUCAGCCUACACAUACUUGAGGUGUAUAACGAGGAAAUUGACGACUUUUAUUAAAUGAAAUAUCAGUUAUAAUGAUUUAUAAAGAUUUAUAUUGUUUAGCUCAAUACAUGAAAUAUCAUACAAAUAGAUGAGGUUUUUUUAUAGUGAAUAAAAUGUGUUAAUUAAAAACUUAAUUUAAUUUAAUCGAACUAGAAUCUAAUUUAUGUAUGUGGAUUAUAAUGAACUUUUAUUUAUUUAAAACAGACCAUACAUUAUAAAGAUAAAAAUAUACACGAUUCAGCAAAACUCUACUAUGCGUUAAAUAUUAUUUAAAAACCUUUAUGCGUACGACAAAAGAAUGUGUCUUAUAGAUAAAUAUUAAAUAUCUUACAUUUAGGCUAUACAAAUCGAUAAUUGAUUUUUAUCCGCAUUUAAUAAUAGUUUUACAUACUGCCGUAGCUUUUAAAAACUGAUAUAAAUUAUAAUGAAAUGAACGAGUCGCCUACCUCACAUACUUGCUACUGGUCUCAGUAAAUACUUUAAAUAGUUGGGAAUUUUAAAGUAUUAUGUAAAGAAAAAAGCUAAUCUUAUGAUGUUCUAAAUAUAACAAUAGGCAUAACACUUUGCCCGAAAUAAAGAUUAAAGAAUAUAUUUAAUAUAUUUUAAAAUGACGCAUAACGAAAUCAAAAUAAAGAUCUGAGGUUAUUAUCAUCAUCAUAUUUUCAAUUCUCUUUUACAUUUUAAGUAAUUUUUUACAAAAUUUAAUAUAGUUUUGUGUUGAUUGAUCAUUAUAAGAAUAAUGUACUCCGUGUGUAUAUAUAGUCAAAAACCUCUGCGUGUUGGGUCAAUGGUAGCUGAAGUGACGUUAAUGUAAAUUAAAGGAUAUUUGGUCAAGGGAUUUAAGCGAAGCCUCAUUGCCCCAUCCCCCAUCCUCUUUACACAAUGGAAAAAUGUAUGUGCGAGAAAAUUUUAAUAUCUUUAGGACGUCCAUAUGGAUAUAUAUAUAUAUAUAUAUAUAUAUAUAUAUAUAUAU